AUGUGGAGGUGGAGGGAUUACACUCCAACGGAAGGCGACGGCGACAACCAAACUCUCAUUUACGGUGAGGGUUCCAAUCUGAUUACAGUUAAGCUUUGCCAUGGGGGUGGGUUUGUUCUGCAAAAUAAGUACAGUAAUGUGGAGGGUGAAGUUGAGUACUUUGACAAGGUAGAUUCUGUGAUGCUUACAAAAGAGGGGCUGGAAACCCUUGUUGAUAGGACUAAGUCUUGCAUGCCACAUAAACUUUAUUUUAAGGAUCCAAAUGUGGAAAGGCAUGGAGGAUAUAGAGUCAUUGGACGGGAUAAAGAUGUUUAUGACUUGAUAGCAUUGAAGAAUGAAUCUGGGAUUGUUGAAGAUUUUGAAGAUGAAGAGGCCAGUGAUUCAUAUUAUAUUGCUGAGAGUGAUUAUGAAAUGUCUGACAAGGAUGAUGAGGAUUUCAGAAAAUACGUUGAUGAUAGGAUUGACUCUACACCAUGGUGUUCUUUUAGGCAGCAAGCUGAUACAAAGCAUGCUGAAGAUGUAAAGGGUUCAAAUGGGAGUGAAGCCAAUGAUUCGGAUGAAGAUUAUGGGUCUUGUGAUGACUUAUUGAGUGAAAAUGAAUAUGACGAUGAAGAGAGUGAACGUCCAGUGAAGAAGGACAAGGUCUUUAACCCCGCAACAGACAAGAAGAAUCCCAAAUUUGAGCUAUAUCAGAAGUUUGGAACUAAGUGGAUUUUGCUGGAUGCACUAAGAAGGCAUGGAAUUGUUGAUCGGAGAAUCAUCGACUUUAAGAAAAAUGAUAAGCUGUUUGUGCAUGGGAAGUGUAGGCAUUGUAAUUGGGAGGUUUAUGGGGUUAAAAUAGAAGGAGAGAAUGAAAACACUUUCCAGAUCAGGACUGUAAAUACCAAGCAUAGCUGCGGAAGAGUGUGGAGUACCAAAAAUGUCAAUUCCAACAUAAUUUCUGAUUGGUACGUCCCAGAUUUUGCUGAUGAUCCUAAUAUCAGUGAUCUAAUUCCAGCUGUGAAUGAUGCAUUAGGAAAUGUAUCUCAUAGAGGCACAUUCAAGCCUCCAUAUUUUAGAGUCCUUCCUGGUAGGCCAAAGAGUAGUAGGAAUAAGCUCCCAGUUGACGUGCCUCUUAAGACGAACAAGUGGGGCUCCUUAAAAGCGAGUAGGAAGGUUGGACCAGGAAAGCACAAAUGUGGUUACUGUCGGGGCUCACACAGCAAGAAAACUUGUCCUGACUUGAAAGAAGCUAAGGCUGCAGGAAUUAAGCUAUCUACUAUCCCGCCGAAGGCACUGAAUGAAGCAUCUCUGAAUUUAAGUCGGACUAACCGAAUAGAACAGCCACAACCGGUGGUAUCCGAGUGUGCUGCUUGUGAUUCAACCACUCACACUGUUGAAACAUGUCCAAUCUUAAAAGAAACAACACAAAUAGAAGAGGAAUACCUUUUUAGUAGUCAAAAUGGUGAUAAUGGUCAGAUGGAAAAGGAGAUAAGCACCCCAAAUGCACCUCCUGAAAGUCAGGCAGGAGAUGAUGUUGAUUAUGAUAAUACGCCUUAUUUUAUAAAAUGUGAUUAUUGUCCUCAGUUUGGUCACACCAAAGAGGACUGCCCAGAAUACGAGACAAGAAAGAUCCAGAAACUCUUUUGCCAUGUUGUGCUGAAACCAGUAAAUGUUGAAUCUAAUAUGGCCAAACAACUUCAAAAUCUGAAGGAACCAGAUGGGCAGAUCCAUUGGGGAUCAAAAAAAGCUUCUGAUUACGUCGCUGAACAGACUGCUAAUGCUGUUGCUAGAGGGAAUGAGUUGUAUGCGACGUAUGGGUUCAAACUCCUUUCUUCAUCAGCAGAUAGUAUGUUUACGAGUGGUUCCAAUCAGUUCAAAAUAGAUGCAGACCUGACAUCUAAUCUGGUUGCAUUAACCAAUGACUUGCAUGCUAUCUAUAAAGACUUGGGCAUGAUAUGUUGGCUAUGUUAUCCGAGUGUUAGCCUUUUCUAUACGCAUGACCUUAGUGCUCAAGCAUUGUGCGAGAAUUUGGCUAAGGAAUAUGGAACUUCUAAUAGUCAUACUCAUUAUAGAAUGAGACAGGAACGUAUUGCUAUUCUACAAGAGAAGAAAGUUCCAGGUGAUCCUGAAUUGCAUGUUGAAAACUCUAUUUUUAUGGUUAAAUCGCAGUCUCAAGCGAUGGUUUCAUCCUCUGGUAAUCAAGGAAAGGUUUCAUCCCCUGAUAAUCCGUCUUCUGAUAAUGGUACAAGUGAUAACUUAGCACUUCUGGCUAGAUCUCAAGGUCAAUUCAGGAGGAAGAAGCCAGUGGUUAUGACAAGAUUCUGUACUCACUGCCAGAGAAAUGGUCAUGAAAUAGCAACCUGUUUCAAGAUAAAUGGACUUCUUGAGUGGUUGCAGGAAAGGAAAAAUGCACAGAAGGGAAUUAAGCCACAGACUACUAGGAAUUUUGCACAUGUAGCAGCUACUGAAACUCCUUUGUUUGUUGCAGAAUCAUCAAUUUAUGAUCUGAAUGUGAUGGCUAUACAGUUCAACAAGUUACAGCAGGAAUUUAGCAAGGUACUCAAGGGGAAAGGACCAGCAGAUUCUGCACCUCAAUUUGUCAACUUUGCUUCGAGUGACUUUGCAGGUAGUUCUGUAAAACCUUAG